AUGCAUAAUCUUAGAGGAAAAGAAGCUAGGUAUAAUAAAAAUAAGGAGGAUUUAAAUGGUCUAUAUCAUACCCAGAAUUCAGAAAAUCAUUUGAAAGCAAAUAAAGAAAAGCAGCUCCAUAGUAGCAGCAACAAUUACAAAUAUAUUCGAGAUAAUCAAAGUAAUUUAGUCGAUUAUUUAAGUUAUAAUAAUUACAUAUUUAGUAACUUUAAUGGGAAUUAUAACUCACGAAAGGCAUAUUAUAAUAAAAAUUUGAAUAACAGGUAUCAUAAAAUGCAUUAUAAUAAUGAAAAUGAACAUGAUUAUAUAGGAAGAAGUAAAAAUUAUAAUAACAAUAAUAAUAUUUUCAAAGAUGAAAUUGGAUAUGAAAAAUUCAAUAGGCGAAACCAUCAAAACAAUAGCAAUUGCUAUUAUAAUAAUGUAGACAAUAAUAAUGAGCACAAAACAAUGGCGAAUGAAUUAUUACCCCCCAAACAUAAAAACGAGCUUGAUAAGUGCCAAAUUAAUGCUAAAGCUGAAAAUGAAUUAAAUAAUAAAAAAUUUAAAGAUAUUGAUAAAAAAAAUAGCCAUCAAAAUAUAGUGAAAAAAGGAAAUAAUCGAAUGCGUAAAAAUAACUUCAUUUCAUUGGUGCCACCCCAAAAUAAUGAUAAUGAUUGGAAUGUAGAAAAUCAAAUUAUUCCAUCUGAAAAUGAAAAUACCUUUAUAGAAAAAAAAAAAAAAAAUUAUGGCCGGUAUAAAAAUAAUUGUAAAAAUAGUUAUUCCUAUAAUUCGAAUAAUAGCAAAGGUCAUGUAUAUUUUAAUGAGAGCUAUAACAUUCACGAAAAUUAUAACUACACAAGAUACAAUAAUAACGCUGAAAAUGAUUCAUUUAGUUACAGAAAUAAUCGUGUUAAUAGUGGGCUUACUAAAAGCAGAAAUACUACUUCCAAUUAUAACAACGUCCCUGAUAUAAUAGGAAAAAAUGGUGCUAGUAAAAGUGAAAAUAUCAAAUGUGAUACUCCAAGUAAUAUAAAGUUUAAUGGUAACAACAAUGGCAACUUUUAUAAUACUACAAAUAAUAGUAACGAUUAUAAUUUAUGCAUUAAUGGAUAUAAUAAUACUAAAAAUAGUUUUGAUUUAUUUAUUCCCAGCAAAAAAAAUUCAGUGACAUAUAACUCUAAAAAAAAUAUGCUUGAUGGUGUUGGGGCAAAUAGUGAAAUAUGUUGCGAUAAAGACAAAAGUAUGGGUUUUUAUUUGAAUAAAAAUAAUGCCGUCUGCCAAAAUAAAGAACAAAAUAAUAAUGUUGAAAAAAAUGCAAAAAAUAAUAUGACAGCACAGGAGCCUAUUUGGAAUACUUCCACUUAUCAAAAGGACAAAAUAAAUAUACAAAAAAGUGGAGAAUGCGCAAAUGAAAAAACUAAUACUAUUUCGAAAUUAGACGAAACUGCAUCGAAAGAAAUUCAAGCUAAUAAUGGUAAUAAUGAUGGUAAUAAUUCCAGGAUGAAUAUUAAUAAUAGUUAUCAAUAUCCAGAUGCAAAUCAUGAAGAGAAUGAACAACAUAAUAAUGGAAAUAAUUCAAAGUUUGUAUUUAAUAAAAAUAAUUAUGGAAAAAAAAAUACUUCAAUUAAAUAUUAUAGCAAUUCAUAUAUUUUUAAUUAUCGCAAUAACACAAACACUAGGUAUUCCAGAAGGAAGCAUAUAUCAUAUGAUAAAAACGAUGGUAUCUAUAAUGCUAAUUAUUAUUAUAAAAAAUUAGACAUUGAUUGUAAAAUUAUAGAAGCAUAUAAAGAUAGUAAACAUAGAGAAAAUUGUAGCAUCGAAUUAAGUUACAUUGAUGAAAAAAAAAACAAAUUGGAAAACAACAAAGUAGAUAUAAAACUUGUCGUGGAAAAUGGUGAUACCAAUGUUUUGGACGACAAUAUUUGUAAUUCAAAAUUAAAAGAUAAUGAAUUUGUGAUAAAUGAAAAAAAAGAAAAAAUUAGUAAAAAUCAGCAUAUCGAAUCUUAUAAUAGUAAUAAUAAUAAACAAAAAAAUGUAAACGUAAUUAACGAACACUGUGAGCAUGAUAAUGAAAAAGAAGAUAGUAUCAAAAUAAAUAACCUUCCCCAUUCCACAAAAAACAUAGAAUGCCAAUUAGAAAACAUUCCUAAAAAUGCUCCAAUUUUAGUUAAUAAUUGCUUGGAUUAUAGUAUUUAUAAUAAGAAAAAUAAUGAAGAAGAAAAUGGCAAUCAAAGCAAUAGUCUCAUCAAUAUGGACGACAAUCUUUGUGUGCCUAUUUUAAAAAAUAAUAAUACUUCCUUAUAUAACUCAAAUAGAAGAAAAAAUUCGAAAUUUUCUAAAAAUAAAAUGGAUAUUACGAGAGUGAAAAAUAUUUCUUUGAAUACAAAUAAAAAACAAAUUGAAAUGAAUCAUAUAAAAAACGAUACUCUGAACAUCCCUGAAAAUAAAUACAAUGAUAAUGAUGCUUUAUUUUUGGAAAAAAAUGAUGAUACUAAUAAUGAACAAGGUAUAUUUACAAUUUUUUCAGAUCUAGGAAAUGAUUAUACAGUAUUUGACAUAAAAAAAGAGUCAACUCAAAGUACGAUUAUGAUAUGCUCAUUUGAUGGAAAAAGUGCACUGAAUAAAACUGAAGAUCCUCUUAUUCAAUUUGGAUAUGUUGAAAAUGAAAGUAUGAACACUUUGUUCAAUAAAUCUGCCAGUAUAAAUAAUAGCAAUGUCAGCAUUGAUAGUAAACAAACGGGAUGCAUACACAAUGAGACGCUGGACUGCUAUAAAUCAGAAUUGCCAGAUUUUAAAGAAAACUGUGUUUUCUGUAAAGGCGGUAAAAAAAAUACUACUUCUUAUACAAAUAAAUCCCGUUGUUCUUUAGCUAAAUCGGGAGAUAAUUUUAUAGAAAUGAAGAAAAAAGAAGUUAUUUGUGUAAAUGAGAAAAAAAGGAGAAACCGAAAAAAACGAAAAAAUAUUUUAAAAAAUGUGAAAAGUAUUACUUCGAACAAUGGAUCCAAAUCAAGUAAAAUAAAUAAAGCACUUUCUUUUCCAGAAAAUUUUCAAGAAACAGAAAUGAGAGAUAAUAAUGUUGGAGAAAAUGGCAUUUGUGACGGUAAAAAAAUAAUUCAAAGGCAGCGCGACAUGCAUAAUAGGUCCCAAUCAGAAAACAUAUAUAAUUGUAAAGAUAAUUAUAUUAAAAAUUUAGAAGUAUCCAUGACCAAGCCUCAUAUGCCAAAUUUUAUGCAGUCAGUAAACACUGAAAAUUUUAAAAGUAUAUUAAAUAAAUAUAUAUUUAAUUGUGACAGCAAUAUAAAUGAUGAAGAAACUUUGUUUUCGUGUGAUAAUACCACAAUUGGCAAUGAUGAGUCCGAAAAAAUAAUUCUAGAUAAAUAUGUGCAUAAAAAAAUUGGCCAAACUGAAUUAAAAAUAAGUUUACCACAUGUAGUGACUUACUCAUCGAGUAUAAAUAAUAAUUUACCAAACCAAAAGGAAGGAUUAUGUGGUUACAACGCUAAAUCAGAUAAAUGUGCAUUAAAUUACGAAUAUUCUAACAAAAGCAAUAUUGUACAUGUUGUAAGUACUGGGCCCCAUUUUGAUAACCUUAACAAACAUUAUGAAAAAAAAUAUGUGCAUAAUGAUAUACACAACAUUAUAAAUAAGAAUAUCUCUUUAAAAAAAAAAACAAAUUCAAUUAAUCACACUUUUUACAACUUUAAUGGGGAGUUUAAUUGCGAUUAUAAUAUUAAAACACAAAAUACGUUUCUUUGUAUAUAUAAGGAAAGACAAAAUACUGGGGAACAAAAUUAUAAAAUAAACAAUAAAAAUAAUAUCAAUGAAAAAGAUAGCACGCAUUUCGAAUUAGCUCCCAUUUUUUCGGACGAAAAAACUAAGCAUACUGUAUUGAAUAUGAAAGAAUCCCCAAAUGGCAUUGACGCUAAGGGCCAUGAAGAAAAUGAUCAAAUAAGUCACCGAAAAUGCAGCAGAAAUCGAAAAAAUGAUAACUAUGAGUCUCAAAAAUGUCAUAAAAAUAUCGACUUAAAAAUCAAUUGUGAUAGAAACGCUAGUAAUAGUAAAAAAGUUCGGAAUAAUAGAAACAAUAGCAUUAACUUUAUGGUAGGGGACUUGAAUGAUUCUCAUCAUCAAAAAAAAUUAAAUUCUAAAAAAUUGAACAUUAGUUAUAACGAAAAGGGUGAUUUAAAAAAUUAUUUAGCGAUAGAAGGCGAGUCUAUUGGUAAGAAUAAGGUUUAUAUUAAUAAUACGGAUAUUAAUCGUGUUAAUAAUGUUUAUGCCGAAAAUCAGGGAAAUAAAAAAAAUAUGAAUGUAAAUAAUAAUAUAUAUUUAAAAAAUAACCAGAACAAUAGUAAUACAAAUAACUUAAAUUAUUACAGUAAUAUAGGUGCCGAGUUUAAUACGAAUCAGUAUUAUAAUAAAUUUAAUAAUAAUAAUGUUGUAAAUUCGAAUACUAAUGUAAACAAAAACUGGGAAGGAAAACAUUCGAAUCAUCACAUAGGAGCGACAUAUUUUGCAGGCGAGAUAUUAAAUACUCAUAAUUUUGAUACACAUAAAGAAAUAAGCAACGGAAUUAACAAUGAAGGUAAUGGUAUAUAUAUACCACCGUAUGGUGGGAGUGGUGGAAAUAAUAAUUUUUGUAACAAUUAUAAUUUUAAUAGUUCAAACAAUUUCGGGAACUGUGAUAAUUACACCAAGGUUUCAUAUAUUUGUAAUACCACACCAUACAAUUAUAGAAGUUACAAUUACUCUGUCGAAGGGAACAACAAUUAUAAAAAUGCCAAUAGCCGUUAUCAUGAGGUGAACAAAAAUAUAUACAACUCUAAUGGUAAUGCUAAUGCUAAUAGAAAGAAUUUAAAUAAUAUAAACCGAAAUGGAGAUAACGAAAAUAGUGGUUAUUUUUUUAAUAAUACAAAAUAUCCCGGUAUAAAUAACUAUGAAAGUGUAGCUAAUACUUCUUCUUUCAUUGACAAUGAUAAUUAUAUUAAUCAUAAUAAAAGUAACAACAAUGGAAGUAGUACACAUUUUAAUCGUAGCUCGCGAGGUAAUGGAAAUUCAGAUGGUCUAUCAAACCCUGAUUUUGUUAAAAACUGUGAAAAAAAUGAAAAUGAUAUGAAUUGUAUAGCCAAAUCUUCUGGGAAGGGUAAUUCUACCAACUAUGAUCACGAAAAUUACACGAAAAACUGGAAUGGCACAUUCAACUAUCGUAACAAUUACAAAAUGAAGACAAACUAUCGUUUUGAUAAUAAUUAUAUGGAUAUACGCCGAAAAAAUUCGCCAAAUAAUAUGAAAAAAAAUGUGAAAAAAAUAUGGAAUAACCACAAAGAUGCUGAUGAAAGUGAGGAAAAAAAUCAGGUUGUUAAAAAAUAUAAUAUAUAUAAUAGUUUUACAAAUGCGGGUAGUAAUAAAGAUGAUUCAAAUAUGCUUAGUUAUGGUCAUAGUGAAAUGAACGCAUUUCCAAAACACAAUAUUUCGAUAAAUGAAAAAAAACAAAAUAAUAAUAAAGAUAUCAAUGAUAAUCGAACAGUUAAAAUUUUUAGGGAAACAAAAAAUGAGAUUGCUAAGCAUACUAUGGUUGAGGGGUAUGGAAAUGGAGUGACCAUAUUCAAUACAAAAAAUAAUAAUAAUGAAAAUGAAAAAAUAAGCUAUAAUAAGAAUAGAUAUGAACAAAAUUGUUGUAAUUUGAAUGGAAAUGAAUCGAACAAAGUGAAACAGGACUUUGGGGGCAACUUGGCUAAAGAUGUAGUAAACGAUAUGGUGAACAAAGCAAAAGACGGUGAAAACAAUUUUAAAGAAAGGAAUAAAAAAGAUGCUAAAGAAAUUAUUAAUACAAUAAAAAACGAUAAUAAAGCUACUGAAACAUAUAAUAGAAAUAGAAAAUUUGGGGGUAUGAUAAAUAAUAAUUAUAAAAAAAAUUUAAUAAAAAAAAAUAAAUUGGACGGUGAAAAUUCUAACAACAUAGCAAUUAAUGAAGAAGACAAUAAAUUGGUGAUUCAUAAAAAUAGUAAAGAAGAUUGUACAAAUAAAAAAGUGGGAAUAUAUAAUGGUAAUGUGGGCAGUUGGAAAUGUUAUAGAAAUGAUAAUGUAAACCCAAAUAAUUCUUCCCAAGUUAGUGUAAAAAAAAAUAGUAAAGGAUAUGCUUUAUAUAAUAAAACAUAUUUUAAACAAAAUGCAAAAAAAAAUGAGAAUGUUUUAUUUAAUAACGGCUCAUAUGCUACUUCUAGUGGUAAAAAUUGUUCACCCCUUUCAAAAAAUAAUAAAAGUAAUAAUAAUAAUUUUAACUUUUUAAAAAAGAAAAAUAAUGAUAAUGUAAUAAUUUUGGAUGAAGAAAAACAAAAAGUAGAUGCAGGCUAUUCAGCCAGUGUUGUCGAUCAGAAAAAGAUUCCCAAUGUUGGAACGAAAGACAAUGGGUCCUAUAUCAAUGAAAACACACUUUGUAAUAAUAAGUUAACGAUAUACCCCGAUAAAUCCUCGAAAAAUAUUAUUAAUGGUUAUGCAAAUAAUAUCGAAAUACAUAGCGUUUUUUACAAAGAUAGUUAUAACAGAAAAAACAGUUCCAAUAAGAAUGAUUCCCCAUGUUAG